AUGCAAAAACAGCUACAACCUGUGCCACCUGCUGAAGAAGCCAGUUUGGCCUACUUUUUGGAAGUUCGUACCUUUCUAUCACGUCUUAAACAAAACAGGGCACAAUACCUAAAUUCCAGGGAUGUCAUGCUUUCCUAUCAACAGGUUCUCACCAAGGUGUGUGAGCUGGACGCGAUCAGAAAGGCGGCACACAACAUUCCAGCCGAUAGCACCACAACUCUUAUACACAACGUGAAGCUUCACAACAGGGUGGACUCGGUGCUAGAUGAUGUGUUCCAGUUGCUGUCACUCAGCUUUUUGACAGUGGGGCUAAAAAACUCGGCACCUGCAACUUACGCCUCCUUAAGUACAGUACAACGGCUUCUAGAGCAUUUGGAUGAAUCAAACGUUUUUACGCAGCAUGAUUUGCGCCCCAUCAAAGAAAGGCUGGAUGAAAUCUCCCAGAUCGUGGCUCGGAGUUCAUGUGUUCCUGAAAUGGACGACGCCAAAAAUGUCAUAGAUCUAACCAAAGUCGCAGAUGAAGUGGACCGCAAUAAGAUCGAGCAGGAUCUUUUGCUGCGUGCAAAGUUGAAGCAUUGCUUGCAAGAGUACGAGCAUAUUGAGUCCAAAAUCGAAGAGAUUGAUAGCGGGCUUCAGUCAACCAUGGAGAAACUUUUCCAGCUUAGACGCGGGCUUUUGUCGCUCGCGGCCUCCGCUAAAACGCAGCCUGGAAUGGGUGAACCGAAAGCCGCGUGUUCGGCUGCUUUCCAGAAGUCCGAUCAGGAGAAGCUUCACGCUCUAAAGACUGAAUUGGAAGAAAUUGAAUCUCGCAGGGACCCAUCUGGCAAAUUCAUCUCUACUGAGACAGGAGAAGUGGUUGAAAGAGGGCAAAAUGUUCUUAAUGGGCUUUUGGAUGACUGCAAUGAUCUCGUACGCGAUCUGUUCCACCACGCCACCGACUCAGUGUGCUUGGAUUCGAAACUCCAACCCAUUUACGAGGACUUGAUAGACAUAAAAACGACGCUGGAGAACCUGUUGGUGACAAGGCGUUGGACUUUGAGGGAAACUGAUCUGUUUGGCUACCAGAAAAGACUGUCCGAGAUUGACAAGUUGCGGGUAGGUGGUAAGUUUCCAGCGGACUCGUCAGAAACAAAGGGCCAGGCUAUACUGCUUUACCUGCUUCGCCGGUGUUACGCUAUCAUCUACAAGCUCCUCGAAUGCUCAGAACCGGUUUCGGAGGCUUUACAAAAGAUACACAAUCAAUUGUCGACCGUACGUCGCUGUCUACUUGAAUUGAAGAGAAUGGGCGGCGUGGAAAACGACAGAGAGCUGUACCCAUACCAGAUGAAGCUGGCGUCGUUGGACAAUCUUCGUGUGGACGGUAAGUUCUACGAUUCAGAGGGCAACAUCCCAGAAGGCCAAGGCACACAGGGGAUGCGCUACUUGCAGAAUGUUUUGACAUUCUGCACGAAUUGAAAAUCGAGGCGGAAGAGCGCCAUCGCUCGGAUGGUGAAGCAGAUGAUGUUGCUUCCGAAGAUACAACAACAGACCAGCCAAGCACUGCCGGGGGUCUUUCCAAAAAUGCUGAUCACUCAUUGAGGGCAACAAGGACUGCAAGUCCAUUUCCUGCCAAUCCCGUUGCUAGGGGAAAGCCGCAUGCAACUUACUUGGACACGCCUAAGCGGAGUCGUACUUACGAUGACAACCACGGUGGUAACAAAUACGGUGGUGGUGAUGAUGCUGAUGAUGAUGAUGAUGACGAAGGGUACUCUGCCAACUACAGCGAGCACAGUUAUGAAGACGAUGAAGACGAUUACGCAACUACGAGCCACGCUGAGGACUGA